AUAAGGUGAAGAAAUAUAUAUAUGUAUUAGCAUUAUUAUUCAAAAUGACAACAUCUUUCCCUAUGAAUGCUGGUGAUGGUCCUUAUAGCUACUUCAAAAACUCCCAUUUGCAGAGAGAAGUGUUAGAUAAUUCAAAGGAAAUGGUGAGAGAUGCAAUUACUCGAAAGCUUGACAUAAAAAAAAUCAUGUUAUCUUCUUCAAACACAUUAUGUCUUGCAGAUUUUGGAUGUUCAAUUGGACCAAACACUUUCAUUGCAAUGCAACAUGUUGUACAAUCUCUAAAAGAAAAAUACCAUAAUACCAACAUUCUUGAAUUCGAAGUAUUUUUCAAUGAUCAUGUCACCAAUGAUUUCAACACCCUCUUUCGAUCAGUACCCAUCGAUCGAUCCUACUAUGCAUUCGGAGUUCCAGGAACAUUCCAUGGUAAAUUAUUUCCAUCGCGAUCGAUACAUUUUGCACAUUGUUCUACUGCCAUACAUUGGUUAUCUAAGUGUCCAGAAGAGUUGUUAGAUGAGAAAUCUCCAGCAUGGAAUAAGGGAUUGAUACACUACGUAGGUACAUCAAAUGUUGAAGUGUUGAAUGCUUAUGUUGCACAAUUUGAAAAAGACAUGGAAAUGUUCUUAGAUGCAAGAGCUGAGGAGAUUGUUGAAGGUGGAAUGAUGGUGAUAAUUUCACCACAAUCAAGUGAAUGUCUUGUGAAAUUUUUUGGUUCUAGUCUUAUGGAUUUGGUGAGUGAGGGAAAAAUAGAUGAAUCUUUAGUCAACUCAUUUAAUUUGCCAAUAUAUUUUCCAUCUCUUGAAGACAUGGCUAAAGCGGUGGAGAAAAAUGAUUAUUUUAGCAUAGAAAUAAUAGAAUUGACAUAUCCCAAAUCAAAGCUUGUGGAUGAGGCUGAUGCAAAGACUUUAAUAAUAAAUUUAAGAGCUGUUUUAGAAGUACUCUUCGUCAAUCAUUUUGGAAGUGAAAUAGCAGAAGAAGCUUUUGCAAGAACGAUUCUCAAAAGUGAUGAAAUUUCAACAUGGAUGAAAACGAAUUACCAGAAAGCAUGUCAGUUAUUUGUCGCUCUGAAGCGUAAAUAAAUUUCUAUGGAGAAAUCUAUAUUAUAUAAUUCAAGUUUAUGGAGUGAUGUGACACGUUUCAUAUGUAGACUGGAAUUUCUAUUUUUCUAUUUUCUGAUAUUUUUGGCUUUCACUUAAUGUGCUCUAGAAAGAAAAUUGAAAAGUUCAUUAACAUUAUGAUAAUAUUUUCUUAGCAUGAAA